AUGCCGCCAUGUAACACGGACGCAUGUAUUGUUGGAAAACUCGCAGGUUUGGAGGACAUUGGUGACUACGUUGGUGAUGGUGUCGCCAUUUCAUGUGAUACUGGUGAAGAUACUGGUGAUGGUGUCACCAAUUCGACUAGUGUUGGCGAAAAUACAACCAAUUCUGGACGUGAUCUGGCGUCCGAUUCGCCGAUGGAGAUAAAAAUCGAAAAGGAAAGACGGUCCACCCAGGCUUCAACUGCGAUAACUAGACGGAAACUAAACCUUUACAUUUCAGACAGCGACUCGAGCGAUCAAAUAGUCAACAUUGUGUUGAACACGGCCAGUAAACCUGCAGGAAGACCACGUGAAAAAGCUUCUACGAAGAAGGCCAGGCGUCGAAAGGAGUUUCAAGACACCAAGGUGCUUAUUCAGCAGAUAAACACCUAUGGAGACACCACGUUGUCCACCUUGCGUGAGUAUGUGGAUCAAAAGAAACUGUCGCUGGAGCAAAUAGAGCCACUGUUCAAUGCAAUUCGCCCCAGGCGUGAUGAUGCCGUCUUCAAACGACCGAAAGGACAUAUGGUUACUCUGAGGACAACAAAGAGUGUGGAAACGAAUAUAAGAUACACACUUCCAGAGCAACUCGUCCUGAAAGCUCAAACAGCUGGCAAGAACGCCAUCUCGAGAGGGCAGAGCGAGUAUGGCCGUACCCCACCACACGAGGACAUCACCGUUUUAUUUUUGGAUGUGGGAUUAUUCUCUCUUGUUGACAUCGACACUAUGCAUGAAUGGCAUUGUCUGAAGAAAAAUAUAUCUGCCGUUCAUAAGCUGAUGAAGUGGAUCGAAACAAAGCCUCAAACAGAGACCCGCUGCAAAAUAUUGAAGCGUGUGCAAAAGAUCAACGUGUACACGUCGUUGAAAUCCAAGAGCGGGGAAACACUUGUUCAGUUUGACGACUUGACAAGAUUUGCGGGUGAAAUGUGGCUUAGUGAUGGGUGCGUAGUUGUGGCGGCACUGAAGGUAGCGGAUGCGUGGAGUCGCUCCCAAAAUAGUGGUAGAAUCACCCAAGUGCACGUCGUUGAUCCAGUUUUUCUUGGGUUUCAAGACGCUGCAGACCGUGCAAGAAUGUUGGAUACCAGUGAGCUGUUGCUGAGUACAGUCAGCCAAAGUCGCGUCAUCCUGAUUCCAGUCUACAUCGUCGUUGACAUCAGCCAUUGGUGCGGAGCGAUCGUCGACUUUGGCUGCAAGACAAUCUGGAUCUACGAUCCAAAACACAACGAGGAAUAUUUGAACGCAGUGACUACAAUCAUGACCAAGAAAAUUGUGCCAGUGAUCGACCAAGCCUGUAAGUUAACUAUCCGCCGGUCUUCGGCGUGGUAUCAAGACGAUGGGCACAAUUGUGGGGGUUUUAUUGUGAAGUGGUUUGAGACCUAUAUCAAUGUCGCUCACAACACUAAAGUGGCCGAAGACCUGGUGCAGCUGACUCCAGAUUUUACUUCUGCUAAAGACCUGGACGAUUGCAGAUACAAAAUGUUUAAGUCAGUCUUUAUGGAUGUUACAAGCUAG